GCGAGAGGUCGGAAACAUUUAGCGGUCGCACGCAAAGCUCCCCGGCGUUUCCGGCCAGCUCAGCGCGUCAGCCCUCUGCGGUGUUGUCAGUUUAACAGCCCGUCAGACGCUUUCGUUCCGCCGCAACGUCCAACCGGGCCGAGAGAGAGAGAGAGAGAGAGACAGAGACAGAGGAGACAUGGUGCUGCUGACGAUGAUCGCUCGGCUGGCCGACGGCCUUCCGUUAGCCGCCUCAAUGCAGGAGGACGAACAGGGAAGUGAAAAGUUGGGUCGCGACCUUCAGCAGUAUCAGAGUCAAGCUAAGCAGCUCUUCAGGAAACUCAACGAUCAGAGUCCCACGCGCUGCACGCUGGAGGCCGGCUCCAUGUCCUUCCACUAUGCCAUAGAGAAGGGAGUGUGCUAUCUGGUGCUGUGUGAAGCCAGCUUCGCCAAGAAGCUGGCUUUUGCUUACCUCGAAGACCUGCAGGCAGAGUUCCAUGAGCAGCACGGCAAGAAGGUCCCCACGGUGUCCCGGCCUUACUCCUUCAUUGAAUUUGACACCUACAUCCAAAAAACCAAGAAGUCGUACAUUGACAGCCGAGCGAGGAGGAACCUGGGCAGCAUCAACACGGAGCUGCAGGACGUCCAGAGGAUCAUGGUGGCCAACAUCGAGGAGGUGCUGCAGAGAGGAGAGGCUCUCUCCGCGCUGGACUCCAAGGCCAGCAACCUGUCCAGCCUCUCCAAGAAGUACCAGAGGGACGCCAAGUAUCUGAACACCCGCUCCACCUACGCCAAGCUGGCCGCCGGCGGCGUGUUCUUCAUCAUGCUCAUUGUCUACGUGCGCUUCUGGUGGCUCUGAGAGCGGAGAGGAACGAGGUAUCGAGGUAGAGGAUGAGUCCGCACACACUAGAAGCCGGACACCUGCUCUUAAUAAGACUUUGCAGACACACCACCGCCCGUCUGCUUCUCACCUGUCCCGCGGACGUGUGAGCGGAUUACGAAUGAUUACAUAAUGUCGGUAGCGGUUGUUGGACGAUGGGAUGGUAGUUGGAGCCGGAGGCGAGUGGAGGGUGGUGACCGUGUCGGUCGGUCGGUGGGUCGAUUUGCUCUGUUUUUGUAGGUGAUUGGUUUUUAAGUGUGGAGGGGAAAAUGAAGAGGAAAACAGGUUUCCAAAGCUGUACUGUAACAGGACUGAUUUAGUCAUGCCGAUGUCUAAUAACAUCGAAGGAAAUUGAAAAAAUGAACUGACAUGAUUCUCUGCAUCUGCAUUUGUUAAUAUUAUAAUCACAGUAGCGAUGACUUGACAGGCCUCAGCAUACAACAUGUACAACACUUACAAAGGGUUAGAAAAGCUGGGGUAUUUAUAAGGUUUGGCAAAAAAAAAGUAAUUUAAGUAGACUAUCUUUUUAAAAAUAUAGAAUUCAAGCAUUGCAUUCCCCUGUGUAUAAUUUUGCAGCUUGUCUUCAGCUAUUUUGGGAGAAUGAUGUUGUUUUUAUUAUUGCUGAAUGGAGGCUAGUCUGUUUUUUGGGGGGGAGGCGGGUCGGCUCAUUUAAAGAUGCUAAAUUCAAAAUUCAGUUCAUAAAUGUUGCACCAAACCACGGCGUCCAGAGCAGACCAUUAACGGCCACGCCCUCUUUGUGUGAUGUAAUGUAACAAACCACACAGCCCGUCCCCCCCGUUAGCUCCACCCACACAGUGGUUGUUGUUGUUGUGUCAGCACUGGUGGCUGCUUGCCGUCCGCUCCACUGUCGCCACGUUGGGGCAGAUUCCUCAAUCACAGAUGCUCUCUGAAUUUUACAUUUAGCCGCUUUUUUAAAUCGUAUGUUUCAUCAGUUAAAAUCAAACAGUAAAAUAACAGCUGGAGUUUGUCUUCUCCGCAGGUGGUUAAGGUGGGCUUCAUCAUACGAAGAGAACAAAACACCCUUUUCACAGCAGCUGCUUUGAGAUAAAAACACAGGUGUAAUUGACUGAAUUUAUUAUGCUCCUGUUCUUUUUAUAGCCAGCUCGCACAAUAACAGGACCAUGAUUAUUGUUAUUAAUUACCCGUGUUCAUCCUGCUGUGUCAUCUCAACCAGCUAACAGGAUAAAUGACAAGAAAGAUAACCGGAGGUCUGUGUGCACAAUUAGUACUGAUUCAACCGUCUCCUCCGCUCUAGCCUUCAUCAUAACUACGGGCAACGUGCCAUAUAAAGUUCAUAUACGUUUAGCCUAUUAAUGACUAUGUCUUAAUUGUAAAAUAGAGAUUAUUCGUUGUUUCUUCAACCCCCGCCUACACCUCCAACAACCCGGUACAGUCGCUGACCUCAGCAGAGUGCAUCCAUCCUCCUUUUAGCGUCUCUCGCGCCGCGACCGUGUGGGCCAACACCCUCCAUACAAACCAACUAAUGUCUAGUCGGGUCCUUCUUUUCAUUUUGUGUACAGCGUCCGUGUGUAGACUCAAUUAAAAGGUGAAUUCAGGCUGAGAGACGUGGGGGGGGGGGAGCUCCUUCUCCUGUUCUGUCCAUUGAAUUCUUUUCCAUAUUACGGUCCAUUUCUGUUAUCAGUACCGUGUAUAUCCAUGAAUAAAAUCAUUUGCACAAA